AUGUUUGGCUUUCAUAAGUCAAAGAUCUACCGGAGUAAUGACGGCUGUUGCAUCUGCAAAACCAAGUCCUCCAGCUCACGCUUCACGGACAGCAGCCGUUAUGAGGAGACGUUCAGGCUGUGUUUUGGGCUGUCUGAGGACCGUGUUGGAGACAUUUGCAAUGCAUGCGUGUUACUGGUGAAAAGGUGGAAGAAACUGCCCCAUGGCUCCAAGAAGAACUGGAAUCACGUGGUGGAUGCCAGAGCUGGUCCAGGUUUUAAGGUGACUAAACCCAAGAAGAUCAAGAACAGCGAUGGGAAGAAGAAAAGCAAGCUGAAGAAGCUUCACAAGUUAAAGAGACAAAACUCUGAUGCUCACAGCACAACUUCCAGCGUGUCUCCCGCCCAGUCUCCAAGUUACAGCAACCACUCGGACGAUGGCUCAGAUAUAGAGCAAAAGGUGUGCUGUGGGAUUGUCUACAAAGGUCGUUUUGGAGAGGUGAUUAUUGAUCCCCGGCUUUUUAAGCCCUGCUGCAGUUCCAAAAAUCCGAAGGCGCUGACACCCACACAAGUGGCCACACACUUGCCAGACGCGCUUCCUCCACAGACUCCCGUUGACAUAAAAGAAACC